UACAAAUUAUAUUUGUUACUAAUUUUUCUGUCAAGGCUCUUCUCAUAAAUGGUUCGAUUUCGAGGGGCUUUAAGAGCUGCUUGCUGUUGGAGUCGCAGGAUGUGUUUUCGCGUCGAGGAGGGGAUCCUUCGUUUUACUGAAAAACAUCGCGAGAAAUUCGUGGGCUUAGUUCAUCCCUUUUCGGCAUUAUUUCUGCUCGGUCUGAUUGGAUUUCUCACCGUCUACGAAUUGUACUACGUCCUGCCGUUAAUAACCGAUCCCCAGGGGAUAUGGCACAAGUUCAACUGGCUGCUGGGAAUUUAUGUUGUCUUUAAUAUACUGGGAAAUUGGUGGCUCGGCUUUGUGAGGAAUACCUCUGUGGAAAGUCUGCCGGCGAAACGACAACAUCCUGCGGUGGGUGAGGCCCACCUGUGGCACUAUUGCACCACCUGCCAAAAGCUAGUGCCACCGAGGUCCUGGCACUGCCGAUUGUGCAACCUGUGUAUCCUAAAGCGGGAUCAUCACUGCACUUUCACGGGAAAUUGCAUUGGGCAUACAAAUCAACGGUAUUUCCUCGGCUUCCUGUUUCACCUCACUUUGGGCAGCGGUCAGGCCCUCGUCUACAAUGCCCUUUUGACCUGGGAGAACAAGGCCUUUAUGGUCUCCGAUCCUCUGCUUUUGCUGGCCCAGGAUCACCCACAGGAUGCUGAAUUUGAAUGGCAGUACACCGUGGCCGCCAUCUUUAAACUGAGUUUGUUCCUCUUCAUGGUUCCCCUGGGCAUGUUUGCCCUGCAAAUACUGAUGGUCCAGAGGAACAGCACCUGCUAUAUGAUAUUGGACCGCAGCUACGAUGUCGGCUGGCGGCGAAACUUUGACUUGGUCCUGGGAAAAAGACGCUUCUGGAUAUUCCUAUCGCCUACCAUUAAAAGUCCUCUGCCCACCGAUGGCACUCAGUGGAUACAAAAGUAUAUGGUUUAAAAAAAAUAAAUCUAUAUAGUCGGCUGUCA